CUUGAUACGACACGUCAUCAUCCUGUUUUCCUAUUUUUUCCUAUCUAUCCAUCGUCCUCCUCUGAACCAUUGCCACACAAACAACACAAUGCUACUUUCCAUGGCUAUUUCAUCUCCACCUCACAACUUCACUUUUCUUCGCCAACUAUCUUCUUCACCUUCUCCUUCUUCUUCUUCUUCUUCAAUUUCUUUUACCACUAAACCUCUCCGAAACACUUGCUUCCAAAUCAAAAGCCUUAAAACCGAAAGAGAACCUUCGUCAUCGGAGCCAGAACCAGGUUUCGAUCCAAAAUCCGGUGUAUCCGUUUACAAACCUAAAUCCUAUGAAGUUCUUGUCACUGACGCUGCUAAUUCCCUCGCUUACGCUCUUCAACACGGAAAACUUCGCCUCGAAAUCGAUUUCCCGCCCUUGCCCAGCGAAUUUUCUUCGUAUAAGGGAUCUUCAGAUGAGUUCAACGAUGCCAACAUUCAACUUGUCUUGACUGUUGUAAGAAAGCUCCAGGAGAAAAAAGAUACCAGAGCUUGCAUAGUAUUCCCUGAUAAGCCAGAAAAACUUCGAGCCUCUCAGUUGUUCAAAGCAGCUCUGGAUUCAGUUGAUGGGAUUACUAUAGGUUCCUUAGAUGAUGUCCCUGCUGGACCUAUGACUUCAUUUUUCAGAUCUGUUAGGAACACCCUUGAUUUUGAUUUUGAAGAUGAGAAUGAAGGUCGUUGGAAGUCUAGUGAGCCUCCAUCACUCUACAUAUUCAUUAAUUCCAGUACACGUGAACUUGGUUAUAUUGAGAAGUAUGUGGAAACAUUUGCUACAUCAACACCAACACUUCUAUUUAAUCUUGAGCUAGAAACACUACGUGCUGAUUUAGGCCUUUUCGGCUUCCCACCCAAAGAUUUGCAUUACCGCUUUCUUUCCCAAUUCACUCCAGUAUUUUACAUUCGGAUCCGAGAGUAUUCAAAGACAGUUCCCAUAGCACCUUAUAUUGUCAAUUACAGCGGAGCUGUAUUCCGCCAGUACCCUGGUCCCUGGCAGGUGAUGCUUAAACAGGCCGAUGGUUCAUAUGCAUGUGUAGCAGAAAGUGCCACCCGCUUCACCCUUGGCGAAGCCAAAGAAGAACUGUUGAGGGUCCUGGGACUUCAAGAAGAAGAGGGAAGUUCUCUAGAAUUUCUUCGAAGAGGCUACAAGGCAUUGAGCUGAAUCAAAUUCUUGCUAUAGUGGGCUAUUAUGGGAUCUAUGUCAUAUUUUUUGUGAUGUCUCUAGUUCAAUUAUAAAUCGGUUACCUACAUCGUUUGAUAUUACAGUCAAGCACGUGGUGGGAAGAAGAUUCUGAUUUGGAAGUGUCUUCUGCAUGGAGGAGUUGAGUAGAACGCUACUAGAGGAGAUUCUGUAUUUUAUAGUCCAUCCACAUACAGUGAUCAUUCAAUGCUCACAUGCAAGAAAGAAGGCACUGCCUACAGAGUUGGUUUCAUUUUUAAUAUUCUUUGAUGUAAUAUAUUUGCAUUAUUCCCUUUUCAGUUUGAAACAAAUGUGACCUAUUUGUGGCAUAGAAAUAUGAUGACUUAGCAAACUCAAUUGUAACAAGAUUUUGGUGUUUUAUAUGAUGCUUUAAGUUGUAUCUUAAAUUGCAGGAUA